CGAUCGGCCUUCUUGGGCCGGAACGACAGCAUCUUUUGAAAGUCGGCAAACUCGGCGUCGAGGACCUCGGUCGUCUCGUCCUGGUUGGCCUUGUUCUUCUGCUUCUCCGCCUUGUACAUCUUGCUCUUCAUCAUAACUUCGUGCAUGAUCUCUUCGUGCGUCUUCUUCUUCGCGGGUUCGUCGCCAUUUGCAGCGGCGCCGCCACCAAAGUGGAGCUGGUUUACGAGCUCGCGCCCGAGCUUGUUCUCGAACGCACGGUCUUCUUCGUCCAUGUCACUGCCAUGCCCGUCCGGGCCGUCAAACGCGUCAUAGUCGUCGAUCUUCUGGCCACGAUGCGUCAGAAACUCCUCUUCGUUGUCGUCGUUCUCGUCGGCGAGGUUGAACUUGGAGGCGUUGCGCUGCUGCUGGUACUGCUUCUUGCGCUCUGUCUGGAAGCGCGCGAGCAUCUUGUCUUCGAGCGACAUGUCUUCGCUCUGUUCGCCAAGACGGCGAUCCUUGAACUCGUUGUUCUUCUUGCGCGUCUGGAACUGCUUGAGCAGCGUUUGGCGGCGGCGGUCCUCGGCCUGCGCGCGGGCUUGGGCCACGUUGCGACCUUGGCCCUUGAUGCGCUUCCCGAGCACCUCGUACUUGGAGCGCGAGUUGGACUGCACGUCAAAGGCGUUGCUCUUGGCGCGGCCAAAGGUCUUGGCGCCGGCCUUGGCCUUGGCCUUGGCGCCGACGCGGCCGACUGCUUGCAUGCGCUCCUUCUUCCCCAUCGUCGUAUUGCUUGGGUUCAAACUGCAAUUACCAGUCGCCAACAAAAAACAAAACCCACCAACCAUUGCAAGGCUCGCGUUUCUGCCAAUCGCAUGGCGCGAAAAAAGAGCCAAUCAACGGUGACAAUAGAUCCUCCGGAUAAUGCGUGACGUAUGCGGACGCUCAGAUCGAAGAUGGCAGCGACGUGGCGAGUUGGGCGGACGAACGACUCGUCGGGCGUCGCAGCCGCGCUGCGCCCGAGCACCGGGUACCGCGAAGACAUGAUCAAGCGGGGCGUGGCGCCGAGGGACUUUGUCAAGGAGAACCGCAAGCGCAUCCAGCUCAAGCAGGCCGAGCAGGCGCAGAAGAAGGCCGAGGACGAAGCCAAGGCGAAUGCCAAGCGCGCGACCGAGAGCUUCAAAAUCAAGCGCUUUGAGCGCGCAGCCUCGCGUGUUGGCAGCUACGACGGAGAUGACCGCUCGAGCACGAGCAGCCAACACUCGCGGUAUACGACCCAUCGACGCGAGUACAACAAGGCCCGCGUCCCGACCCAAGACGAGCUUCGCGAGCGCGACCGGCAGCUCAAGGAGGCCCAGAACCGGCAACAAGUCGAUUUCAUCAACUCGAAUGCGUGGGAGGUCAUCCAAAAGGCGCCCAAGAAGCCUGCACCGACGGCCGCCGAGCUCUGGGACAUCGAGUCGAGGCGACAUCAGAGCUUUGGCCAAGUCCCGAGCUACCUCCGUGAGCGCAAGGCUGCGUGGGCGAAAGAAGAAGAGGACCGCCGCAUGAACCUUCCGGACCCCGACUGCCCGCCUGGGAUGGUGCUCAUGCCCGACGACGACCGCUUGGAUACAUUGGCGACGCUGCGCGAGAGCUAUGAAGCGGCGCGCCGACAGAUGAACCAGCUGCCGCUGCGCAUCGAGACACCGAGCCAGAUCCGCCGCAAGCAGGCGCUCGAGACCAAAAUGCAAGAGAUCGAAGAUGCCAUCAAGGUCUUCGACAAGCCCAAGGUGUUUAUGCUGCCCGAAGCGCUCACCGAGUCGACAACGAGCGCCUAAUCCACUCUCCAUAUGAUCCUAUCCAAUUCUAUCCAAUUCUAUCCUAUCCUAUCCUAUCCUAUCCUAUCCUAUCCUAUCCUAUCCUAUCCUUGUGAUUCAAAACCGAAUCCAAACUCAAAAGGAGAUAUUAGCUGCUGG